AUGAACAUGAGGCACAUGACAGGAAAAUCGCAGUUGACACAUCUACGGUGUUGCAAGAUACCAAAGAGCAUUGACAACUGCAGUCUCGAUGCCAUGNACCUGCAGCACCAAUAUCGAAUCAGACAAUCGAUGAACAUGAGGCACAUGAAAGAGAAAACGCAAUUGGCACAUCUACGGUGUUACAAGUUACCAAAGAGCAUUGACAGUUGCAGCCUCGGUGCCAUGGGCCUCUGUGAACCUGUUUCAAUCCUGCGUCGAGGCAAAAGGAAGACAAGACUACAGACAUCUAUGGGACUGCAGCUGAGAGACAUUCAGGUGUUGUUUCUGGUACUGAUGCUUGUGAUUGAACCGUUUCUUCGCUGUGCCGCUGCGGCUGGUGGCACGGUCCCCCGAACGAGAAUGGCCACGCCUGCAGCCGACGACGAUCCCUUGGUGACGCUCACGAACUGCUUUCCCACCGUUGUACUCAAUCCUUCCAACAUCCCAUACACCUGCGAAUUUAGCGGUGCCCAAACACUGAGUGGCUUGAACCUCUACGCCUCGUACUACAACCCAACCCUCAAUCCUGGAUGGCCGGCGACUCUUGAUGCUAAAGCCAAUGCCAUUACAUUCGUGCCUAUUACUGGGGCGCCUUCAGGACGUUGGGAAUUGGCCUUAACACGUAUUUCUGUUGAUGGAAGCUCUUACACUCCUCUGACGACCAAUAAGAGCAUGGACUUCAUGCUGAUUACUGCGACCCAUGCGGAUUUUGCUACACUCCAUCCGUAUUACGGUAUGGGUGUAUCGUGGGAACCCAAUCUUCCGAGAGGCACCAUGGCUUCCGACUACAUGCUGGUCCGCUCUUUCAGCGACUGCCGGUACACCACAACAACCUGCACUGACGCUGUUGGGUGCUACAGAAUGCUGCCACCCGCUCAUCUUCCCCCUCCAGGCAGCUACUCGCUCUGUGUGACGUCAAAUGACUGGAAUGGCCAAUACCUUCCGUGGGGUGUGAACGCUCUUGAGGUGAAGCUGCUGAUGGCCACGCCGCUGUACUUGACAGCUGGUAAGGACAGAAAUGUCGUGCUGCAGGAUGCGGAAUCUGUGGUAAAUGUGUCGGGGCGUAUGUUCCUGGCGUGGUGCCCUGGCAACGACUGCCCCCGUGUGACUGCUGGCAGUGGGGAAGAUGUGGUGCAUCUUGAUGCGUGUGUUAGCACCUCCGUCUCGUCACGGGUGUACCUGUCCGACCUCCGUGUGCUGUCUGCAGAAGCUGGUAUGUACGCUGUGUGUGUCGAUGGUGAUGGAGAGUACACUGCUCCCGCUGCGCUGCCGGUGGCGGUGCUGCAGAAACCCUUUGCCUUCAAGAUAACUGCUGACACGGACCAGAACACUGCCACGAUCGAUGUCAGCGGUGGUGACUUCGAGUGGCGUAGAGAGCCGUACACGGUGUGCGCUGUGCCGCUGAGUGACACGUGCGAUUCCGUGUCUGCCCGGCUUCUUAUGUGCGAGAAGAGUGAGUUGCCGUGGUCACCGUCCGUGUUUCUGAAUCUCGCCAGCAGGGGAAUGUCGGUUAAGGGUGUGAAGUUCUGCUUCAUCGCAGCCAACGUGACAAUCGGAGGACGCACUUACAUGUUUAUGCAGGAUGCGUCGGGAGGGGAUGUAUCGGGAGGGAACGGAGGGAGCAAAUUGUCCGGUGGAGCCAUCGCCGGGAUUGCCAUUGCCUGCCUCACUUUUUUGAUUGUUGGGGCCGUCGUGUUCUACUUCUUCUUCUGGCGGUGUGGGGGGGAGAAUUCCAGUGAAGACGGCACGAAGACCCUGACUGCGCCAUUACAACGAGCGGUGAGAAACACAAACCAAAGAACGACAGCUUCUCCUGCCUGCUUGGCUCUACAAGGCGGCGAUGACGCUUUGGACACUGAUGUGGCGUCUUAUCAAGACCGUGCUGAGACAGAUUCUUUCACACUGGAUUCUUACUUGGAAACGCUUGAUAAUGCCGACGUCACGCACUCCGCGUCUGGACAGCAAAAGGAGGAAUACGAACGAAGGGACGUCGUCCCCAAAGCUUUGCCGGGUAACAACAUAAUUACGACUGAUGAUGAUUAUCUUCGAAAUAUGAAUCCCUUUGCGAGAUAUAUAAUUGAAAAGAGGCGUGGAAACACCGUUGUUGCGCCACCCAGCCUUGAUUUGCAAGAGUAA